AACCCACCCUUGAACGCGUGGCUCACGAUUUUUACGAAUAUAUCAUACAAACUUCCUCAUAAACUGAUAAACACGUAGUGAAUAUACCUGCAACAACCCAACAAUGGUGAAAGAAGAAGAGGUGAUUCUACUGAACUUAUGGGCAAGCAUGUAUGGGAUGAAGGUCAUGAUCGCGCUUGCUGAGAAGGGUGUUCAUAUGAGUACAGAGAAGAAGAUUUAAGGAACAAGAGUCAGCUUCUCUUGAAGAUGAACCCGGUUCACAAGAAAUUCCCGGUUCUCAUCCACAACGGAAAACCGAUCUGCGAGUCAAACAUCAUUGUUGAAUAUAUCGAUGAAGUCUGGAAAGAUAAAGCUCCAUUGUUUCCUUCUGAUACUUACGACAAAGCUCAUGCGAGGUUUUGGGCUGACUUUAUUGAUAAGAAGAUAUACCAAAUUGGGUGGAAGUUGUACACAAGAAAAGGGGAAGAACAUGAGGUAGCAAGGAAAGAGUUCAUGGAUUCUCUUAAACUGAUUGAAGGAGAGCUUGGAGACAAGCCUUACUUCGGAGGUGACAGUUUCGGGUAUCUUGAUCUGUCUUUGAUACCAUUUCAUUCAUGGUUUCAUUCCUAUGAAACAUAUGGGAAAUUGAACAUACAACAAGACUUCCCAAAAUUGAUUGCUUGGGGUAAAAGGUGCUUUCAGAACAAGAAGAGUGUGUCUAACACUCUUCCUGAUUCGCUAAAGAAGCUGGUGUUGGGGUUUUCUGCGGGAGUCAGCAUGAUCGCGACAGAAGAGGAGGAAGGUUAUAAGGAGGGAGGGAAAGAUGAUGGCUAG